AAAAAAAAGAGAAAAAGAAAAAAAGAGAGAGGUGGAGUGGAGAUAGAGAAGGAGGGGUUGAGAAAAACAGAGGAGUUCCCGUUUCCGGCUCUGACAGUUCAUCAGUUCUCUAACAUUAGAUUCCACAAAACAAAAUCCCACAGAUCGACGAACUCAUCACAUCUUCACUCCUAUGGUCGCCUCUUCUCCUCCGAUCCCCGCCGUACCAAAGUCGUCGAGGCCAUGGAAAAUGAAGCCCAGCCCUCCUUCCUUCCCAGGACGAAGUCGCCCGGCGGUAGCACCGUCGGCGCCGUCGAGCUGAAGGCCUUCGAGUACUGCCUGCAGUGGAUCUUCGUGGACCAGUCCACCCUUUGGAGGGCGGGGCUUUCCUGGUCCGUCUUCUUCCUGCUGACCGUGGCCGCCCCCUUGGCCUCACUGAUCGUCCUCCAGUGCCGCUCCACCUGCGACGAGGACCACCGCCGCCCCUACCAGGUUGUCGUGCAGGUCUCCCUCUCCGUCUUCGCCGCCAUCUCGUUCAUAUGCCUGUCGCGCUGGGCCCGCAAAUACGGCCUCAGGCGAUUCCUCUUCCUCGACAAGCUCUCCGACGCCAGCGACACUGUCCGCCGAGGUUAUGCUCUGCAGCUUCAGAGUUCUCUGAAGUUCUGGUGCUGCUUCAUCUUUCCGUGCUUCCUUCUGGAGACAGCCUACAAGGUGUGGUGGUACAUCACCGGUGGCUCCGCUAUCCCUCACUAUGGUAAUAUUUACGUCAGCGACACGAUGGCUUGCGCGAUGGAGCUGCUCUCGUGGCUCUACCGAGUGUCAAUUUACUUCCUUGUGUGUGUGCUCUACCAACUCAGUUGCUACCUCCAAAUACUAAGAAUCGAGGACUUCGCUCACGUCUUCUUGAAGGAAACCGAGGUGGGAUCGAUCUUGAAGGAGCACCUCAGGGUCAGGAGAUGCCUCCGCAUCAUAAGCCACCGUUUCCGUAUUUUCACCUUGCUUUCCCUUGUUCUGGUCACUGCCACUCUGUUCAUUUCCUUGCUCCUUCUCACACGCUCCGGCGCCCAUACCAAUGUCCUCAAGGCUGGAGAUCUUUCGUUAUGCUCCAUAAGCCUUGCGACAGGCCUCUUCAUAUGCCUGCGUAGCGCAGCUAAGACAACCCACAAGGCCCACUCUCUAACUGGCCUUGCUGCGAAAUGGCAUGUCUGCGCCACAAUAGACUCAUUCGAUGAGGGGGAUGGCGAGACACCGAGAGCCCCAAUCAUCUCUUCGAGUCAGUUGUUGCCGCUCGUGGAGGUGUGGGAAUCAGAUGGUGAGGAAGGAGAAGGAGACGAUGAGCUCGAUAAUGCUAAUAUAAAUCCGAUUGUGGCACACACGAUCUCUUUCCAUAAGAGGCAAGCUCUAGUGAACUACUUGGAGAAUAAUAGAGCUGGGAUCACGAUGUUUGGUUUUACGCUUGACAGGACGUGGCUUCAUACCAUUUUUGCGAUUGAAUUAGCUCUGCUGCUCUGGCUGCUCAACAAGACGAUAGGUAUAUCUUGAUUUCAUUGGUUCAUUACAGCAUGAGCUAUAUGUUUACAGCAGUCAACCGAUCAGCAUGGGUCCAUUUCUGUAGUUCCUAUGUGGAAAGUCUGGUAAUUUCUGUGUAUAGGUAUAGAAGGAGAUGCUAUACAAGUUUGAAGACAUCAUUUGUUCGGUAUAAAAUUGCAUGAUGGGUUCUUCCUUUGCAUUUCAAGGCACAGUUGAAAUCGUAUGGUGAUUAGAUA